AAGAGCUAUCCGAGCCACUCUAGUUAAAGGGGCAGUGCACUCUGACAGUAGGGCUCACCGGACAGAGACAAGGAAACUGAGCUGCGGACACUCAGGGAAAGCAAAUCCUCAGAACGUGGGAAAAGUAGCGCUCCUGAGGAGCCGGGAAAGGUGGGGGCGGACCCUGGAGGGGACUCAGGUCGGAGCCGCGCACGUCGUCGCCGUCAGAGGCGCGCCUAGGAGGCGGGGCUUGUUGGCAGACCACGCCCAGGAGGCAGUCCACUCAGGCCCGGCCUUCAGGCGAGCCAGCAUCAAGGAGAUCCAGUCUUGCUACCUAGCCAAGUCCAGUCAUGCAGGGUCAGGAAGAUGGAGACAGCAUCCUUCCUUUUGCCAAGUGUUCCAGAGUGGUCAGCCGAUCUUCACCCUGCAGCCUGCCUUCCCAGAAGAGCAGACCAAUGCCUCAGCCUUAUGGAGAGAUCUUCUGGGAGAAUCUCAGCCGAAGGUCUAACUCCAACUGGAUGAUAGAACAGUACAUUCCACCAAUUCUGAGGGCCACGGGUUGCUCCCAGCCUGGCCUGCACCCUCUUGAGGGGCUCCCUCCUCCUGAGAAGCUUUGGAGAAGAAAGGGAAAGAAGCUGCAUUUGGAAAGAAUGCAAAAGGGACUUGGAAGCACUCCAGCCCGUGUUAGAGCAGUUACUUAUCAUCUGGAGGACCUGAGGAGGCGCCAGGGAAUCAUCAACGAACUGAAGAAGGCCCAGUGGGGAAGCUCAGAGGCUACACCUGAACUCCCAGUGUUUGAAGAGGGCUGUGAACUCCUCAGCACUACAAAAUACCUUGAUGUGGAAGAAGAGAGGGCAACCUAUCCACAGGGAGAGAAUUAUUUUGUCACUCCCAGGGAUCAGCUGCUUUGGUCUCCCUGGACUCCUGUAGGCCAGCAGGGGACUUACGCCUCUGGGCAGCUAAACUCUCUGGCCUACAGCACUGUUACAGCCAGAAAGAACCCUAUUUACAGUCCCCAGAGGAUGGAGUUGGAGUCUGAGGAGUAGUGGGAAAUCAUCCAGGCCCAAGCUACAGGACCCAAGACCAAUUCAAACAUCAAGACUCCCCAUUGCGGCUUCAAGGCGGUUGUUUUCUCUCUCCUAACUGUUGUCUCCAUCCCAUAGCGUAGGCAUUCACACCCCACUUGAGUUCCUAUCCAACUGUUCGGUCCACUCAUAGCCGGGUUUUUCUCUAGGCCAGACCCUGGUCUUGUGUUCUGUCUGUUCUGUUAUUAAAGAGCCCCAAGGAGA